CAACAACAGCAACCGCAACAACCGCAACAGCAGCGGCAAGAGGACGGCGGCGCCGCGGCUUCCGCCGGAUUCGGCACGGUCCUGUGGUCGGUGCUGGACGACUGUUUCGGCGACGUGGACGCGGCCGGACCGGCCACCGUGUGCCUCAAGUCCAAAGCGCUGACGGCCCUCGACCGGGCCCUGGGCAAGCCCGCCUUGACCCUCACAGACGGCGUCACGCUGACCGCCAGGGCUGGAAAGUCGCUGGCCGUCGACCCGCAGGCCGACCGGGCAGACCGCGCCGCCCUGGACGCCGCUCCGGACGCCGACAGCAAGAACGCCCUGCUCGACGACAUGCUCGCCAGCCGCAUGGACAGGCUCAUGUCCACCAGGACCAUCGCGCUGGACGGAGCCGGCCAAGAAGGUCGCAAGAAGAAGGACAAGGCCAUGCAACAGGCCAUGAUGAUGGCCGGCAUGAUGGCCGCGGCCGUCAUGGGCCCGAUGGCGUUCAAGAUCUUGGCGUUGAUCGCCGGAAAGGCGCUGUUGCUGAGCAAGAUCGCACUGGUGUUGUCCGGCAUCAUAGCGCUCAAGAAGCUGCUCCAACCCCAACAGGGCGGACACGAAUCCGAGUCGGUGUCCCAUCACUACGGCCGGAGCUUUCACAGACCCGAAGCCCACGACGUGGCUUACUCUGGCCAAAAGCCGCAGUAGACCUCAUCGGCGGACGGCGUGAUCACCGGAGCGUCGCGUUUUGAUAUUAAGCGUGUAUUUACGUGUUAGACUAUUAAUUUAUUAUUUAUUAUUUUUAUUUUGUACCUAAGUCUGGCCGAGUUGUUCGUACGACAGUCGAAACCGGUCUGCGAAUGAAAACUGUAUUCGUUCGAAUGUCGCACUAGCGUCUUUUGAAAACUAUUUAACCAUUGUCAUACAACAACUGUAUUAUUACCGAUGUUUAUAAUAAUAUCAUUAUUGAAACUUAUAGACCUGAUGAAUGAAAAAAAAAAUCAAAAUGUUUAAGAUUCCGAAAAUGUCUAGUUAUUUUGUCUGUGUGUUGUCACCUAGCCAUUUAUUGUCACUAUUUUAUGGUUAAAAAAAAUUUCAUCUGCUUUUUAUAAUAUUUUAGCCGCUAAAAACAUUACCGCGUUAACGCAUUAAACACGAUAUGACGUCUAGAA